GAAGGGAAACGACGCAGCCGUAUUUGCGUCAACUUCCUGCGCUUGUAUCUUUGCGUAAUCCUUUCAGUAGCCAUCAAGUUUCCGCGAUGUACGGAAAUCCUACGCAGAUUUCAAACGUUGUCACGACUGUCUACGAUUAUGAGAAAGACAUGCGGUUGAGCAUUCAGCUGAAUCGUUGGAUAUUAAAACCGAUUGGAGUCUGGCCGAAAUCAGGCGGAAUCUCAUGGACAGAAAAAUAUAUCUACGUGCUAGUAAACAUAAUUUUUACCAGUCUUAUCGGCUUUCUAUUCAUACCCUGCGCAACUUAUGUCACGCUUGAACUCGAAGAUACGUACAAUACCUUAAAGCUCUCUGGCCCACUGAAUUUCUGUUUGAUGGCCGUCGUCAAAUAUUCCUCGCUGAUCUUCCGUGAAAAUGAUAUCUACAGAGGUAUCGAGUAUAUCGAAAAUGAUUGGACAAAUACUCAAUAUUACGACGAUCAAAUCAUUAUGAUAAGAAAUGCAAAAUUCGGCCGUCGUCUUGUAGCGAUAUGUGUAUUUUUCAUGUACGGUGGUCUCGUGUUUUACUAUCUUGCUCUGCCGUUGAGUAGCGGCAAAAUCACAGAGGAUGAUGGAAAUCUGACGUAUCGGCCUCUGGUGUAUCCGGUCGCCAGAGUGAUCAUCGACGCGCGACACAGUCCCGUCAGUGAAAUUUUUUUCUGGAUGCAGUGUCUAUCGGGUUUUAUUGUGCAUUCCAUCACUGCCUGUGCUUGCAGUUUAGCCGCCAUAUUCGCGAUGCAUGCUUACGGUCGCCUGGAGGUUUUAAUACAAUGGAUCGAGCAUUUGGUGGAUGGAAGGGAAGAUUUCUGUGACAGCGUAGAUGAAAGAUUGGCAAUGAUUGUGCAACAGCAUGUCCGAAUUUUAAAUUUUAUAUCGCUAACAGAUAAAGUAUUGCGUGAAAUAUCUAUAGUGGAAGUUAUGGGAUGUACAUUAAGCAUGUGUUUUCUUGGAUAUUAUACUGUCACGGAAUGGCAGAGUAAAGAACCUACAAGUCACAUUAUAACAUAUAUUAUUCUUCUCAUGUCUCUUACGUUCAAUAUUUUUAUAUUUUGUUACAUUGGCGAACUUGUUGCCGAACAGUGCAAAAAAAUCGGCGAGGUAUCCUAUAUGAUUGAUUGGCAUCGUCUACCAGGAAAGAGAAGUCUUGCCCUCAUAUUGAUGAUUGCUAUAUCAAAUUCGUCUAUCAAACUUACUGCCGGUAAUCUCUUCGAGCUGUCUCUCAGUACUUUCGGUGACGUGGUUAAGACAUCGGUUGCUUACUUAAAUAUGUUACGUACGUUAACUUCGUAAAAUUUAUCCGAAGUGUGGAAAUUAUUAAUGUAAUUAUGCAAAAACACAUCAAUUAGUUAUCCCCGAUCUCAUA